AUGGAAAAUGGUGAACAGAUCUUCAACAAGCUGAAAGGAGGAGUCAAAACAGAAUCAACAGCUGCCUCUGACGCCCCAAAGAAGCAGAGUGAUAUAAACAGUGAAAAGUUCCAGCUAUAUUGUACUAAAUAUCAGCACUUUUGCAAUGCCAUUUGUCUAAUCAGAUUAGAGGACCAGAACUAAAUAUACUGUAUUGUAUAUCUACAGAACUGUCAUUCCUUCUCCUCUCGGCUCCCUGAUCCACACUUUACAAUAGCAUCACUCUCAGAUUUUGGGAAAGUGAACGUUGCAAUAUGGAAAUAGCUUAUUGAUAUCUUCAAAGGAAAAUGGCCCAGGAUCUAUCAAGCAGCUAUGUCUAUGAAGAUCCUCCAUUGCACAGUGCCCAAAAUUAGAUCAGAGUUUUUGUACCAUUCCUGCCUCCUGCAACUCAAUCCCCUAAUGGCCCAUAAGGACCUUAUUUUGUCAAAGGAGAACAGAGAAGUGACCAUUCAGAGCAGGGAGCAAUCCUGUCCCGACCACCCUGAGCGAUUUAAUUACUGGUGCCAGGUGGUUGUAACUGAGGGCCUGACAGUCUACAGCUAUUGGGUGGAAUGGAGUAGGAUGGGUAUAAACAUUGCUGUCGCAUACAAAAACAUUGCCAGGAAAGGGGAAAGCAGUGAGGCUCACUUCUGUCAUAAUGACAAAUACUGGAGUUUGUUCUGCUAUGCUUUCAGACACAAUGGGGUUGUCAGUAAACUCUCUGAGCCUGGAUCGUCAAAGAUCGGUGUGUAUCUAGAUCACAGGGCAGGGACACUGGCCUUUUACAGCAUUGAUGACUCAAUGAUCCUCCUCCACAGAGUUCAGAUCACAUUCACACAGCUUCUCUAUCUGGGCUUUGAGUGUCAGUUGGAGUGAGGGAAAAGGGGUAUUUGGCCUUGGGAAUUAAGGAACUGAUAAAAAAGGACAUAAUGAAUAAAAAAAACUGCUAUACAUUAUAAUAUUACAUUUUUAUACUAUGUAAAUUUGGCCUGUUUAUUUUUCUGCACCACUAUGCCAAACAUUCAUGACACAUCUACUGUAUGUCUAUGAUAACAUCUUUGCAUUUAAACUAUACAUGCUCGGUCAAUUAUUGUUAUUUCUGUCUGUGGAAUGCCCCUUGAGGUUAAUAUUUUCUGAGUGCCUUUGCACUCUCAUUCCUUCUUUGUCAGAUACUUUGCAAAUGUUUGUAACAAUCCAAAUAGGAUGAAAAGUUAUGUUUACUAUCAUGUCUAAAUUUGCCUUUCAAAGAUGACUUCUAGUGACCUUGCAACAUUCUUCAAAUUGUAGUGUUUCUGUUGAUGUGUGAUGACUUUUGGGUUGUUGUAACAGAACAAGCACUCAAAUAAAUGGUA